GAGCCGGGCAUCCUGGGGCCAGCACCAGUGACCCGUGCAUGCCUGUUCGCACGUGUUGGAGAAGGGGCUCCCCAGGGCUGGGCCGUGGCCAGGAUUAUGGAGAGGUGGCAUGGGAGGGACACACCCAUCCCCAUCUCUCCCCAGAUGGCAUCGUGGAGUCCUGACACCCCGUGCUCCUGCGACUGCUUUGUCUCUGUGCCCCCGGCCUCGGCCAUCCCAGCCGUGAUCUUUGCCAAGAACUCGGACCGACCCCGGGACGAGGUGCAGGAGGUGGUGUUUGUACCAGCGGCCACGCACACCCCUGGGAGCCGGCUCCAGUGCACCUACAUUGAGGUGGAACAAGUGUCGCAGACGCACGCUGUGAUUCUGAGCCGCCCUUCUUGGCUGUGGGGGGCUGAGAUGGGCGCCAACGAGCAUGGUGUCUGCAUUGGCAACGAGGCUGUGUGGACCAAGGAGCCAGUUGGGGAGGGGGAAGCCCUGCUGGGCAUGGACCUACUCAGGCUGGCCUUAGAACGGAGCAGCUCCGCCCUGGAGGCCUUACAUGUGAUCACUGGCUUGCUAGAGCGUUAUGGACAGGGGGGCAACUGCCGGGAGGAUCCCGAGCCCUUCUGCUACAACAACACCUUCCUGCUGGCUGACUGCACUGAGGCGUGGGUGCUGGAGACGGCCGGGAGGCUGUGGGCUGCACAGAGGAUCCAGGAGGGGUUCCGCAACAUCUCCAACCAGCUGAGCAUUGGCACAGACAUCUCUGCCGAACACUCGGAGCUUCGUGCCCAGGCCCAGGCCCGGGGCUGGUGGGGUGGGCAGGGCACCUUUGACUUUGCCCGGGUCUUUUCCCUGACACAGCAGCCUGUGCGCAUGGAGGCUGCCAAGGCCCGCUUCCGGGCUGGCUGGGAGCUGCUGCGUCAACAGCAAGGGGCCAUCACCGCGGAGGUGAUGAUGGGCGUCCUCAGGGACAAGGAGAGUGGCAUCUGCAUGGACUCGGGAGGCUUCCGCACCACAGCCAGCAUGGUGUCUGUGCUGCCCAGGGACCCCACACGGCCCUGCGUGCACUUCCUUACGGCCACACCAGACCCGUCCAGGUCAGUGUUCAAACCUUUCGUCUUUGGGGCAGGGGUGGCCCAGGCCCCCCAGGUGCUGUCCCCUAUUUUUGGAGCCCAGGACCCUGUUCGGACCCUGCCACGAUUCCAGGCUAGGGUAGACCGUCGGCACAGCCUCUACCGUGGGCACCAGGUGGCCCUGGAGCUGAUGGAGAGUGACCAGGAUUGGGGGCAGCAGUUUCGACAGAAGCAGCGGGACCUGGAGCAGGAGGGCCUGGAGGCCGCGCGGGGGCUGCUGGCCGGAGAGUGGGUCCCAACCCCCCAGGAGCUGGGUGGCCUCUUCCAGGCCUUUGUGGAGAGGGAGAGCCAGGUGUAUGCCUGAGCACCGCAGCUCCUCCUGCCUGGGGUGGGUGCAGGGUCUGGGGGGAACUGGAGGGUGGGGUCAGAGCAAGCCCUUCACACCCUCAUCUGUGUCUGAGGGGCCAGCUCCGACUUUACCCCUAAUAAAUGUCUUAUUUUCUGGUCCGUGAA